AUGAAUAGAAUUCUGCAUUUGGUUUUCGGUGUUUUUGGAAAUGCUACUGGAUUGUUUCUCUUCUUGGCUCCAACGAUUACAUUCAAGAGGAUAGUCAUGAAAAGAUCGACGGAACAAUUCUCAGGCAUACCCUAUGUCAUGACAUUGCUCAACUGCUUGCUUUCUGCAUGGUAUGGUCUCCCAUUUAUAUCACCAAACAACAUAUUGGUGUCAAUAAUCAAUGGCACUGGUGCAGCAAUUGAAUCAGUUUAUGUACUCAUUUUUCUAAUAUUUGCACCCAAGAAAGAGAAGGCCAAGAUAUUUGGACUACUUGUGGUCAUUCUUGCAGUAUUUUCAGUUGUGGCAUGCGUUUCUGUCUUUGCCAUCCAUGACUUGCACACAAGGAAGCUUAUUUGUGGAUUUGCCGCUACAGUAUUCUCUAUCUUAAUGUACGCUUCACCUCUAUCAGUCAUGAGGAUGGUUAUUAAGACAAAGAGUGUGGAGUUCAUGCCCUUCUUCUUGUCCCUCUUUGUUUUCUUAUGUGGUACUUCAUGGUUUAUCUACGGACUCAUCGGGAAGGACCCUUUUCUUGCGGUGCCAAAUGGUUUUGGAUGUGGAUUAGGAGCAAUGCAGCUAAUAUUGUACUUCAUUUAUCGUGGCAACAAAGGUGAAACCAAGAAACCUAACAAGGAUGAAUCUCUGGAAAUGGGCCUGAGCAAGCCCAAUCUAUAG